AUGAAACUGAGGGUCAAACUGGACCGAAUCUCGCUGCUGAGAGAUGUUUUAAACGCAGCAAUGGCCGUCCGCAAGGAGGCAUACAUCAUCUUCGCCCCGACGGAUGUGCGAAUCGUAUCGCCAGCCUCCAAUGACGGCACCACCAUCUCGCUGUUCGCCUACUUCACCGUCGACUACCUGUGUGAUCCCAACCAGUACGUUUGUGUCAGUGCGUUUGACGACAUGUGUGUGUUUUUGGUGAGUCUGGACGACUUUGCCCGGGCCCUCAAAAGCUCUAGUUCGUAUCACAUGGACGAGGUACGGCUCAGCUUACGUCAGUACCAGGGUCUGUUGCAACUACAAGUGCGAAUCACACAGCAUCGAGAAAGAGGACCCACGGUGGUGACACACAAUCUUCCGGUGGAUCCACGGAAACUAGAGGAGGAGAGCUACCUGCUGGUUCAGCCUGAAAUCCAGCCACAGGUAUACAUCAUGCUACCAAAACCUACGCUGAACAUCGCCAAGCUCAGUGAGCGAUACAAGCGGUUGGGCAAGCUCGUAACAUUAAGUGCCAAUAACUCGGGGUGCUUAAAACUGUCUUUGGACGCGGUCGAUGUCAACGUGGAGACGGACUGGAAGGGGCUAAUGAACCCGCAGCUAGACGCAGGUGAACAGGAGGAAGAACAGAGUCUACCAUCUCAGGGAUCGGGUCCCCAUUCGUCACAGAUUCGCUUCUCACAAAACUUCACUGGGGAAAGCCGUGCAAAGCCGAACAGCUCCGAGUUUGCCACCGUGUCUAUUCCUUGCAAAGAUUGGUGUUUACUCACCAACAUGGCCCUAAUUUGCGACAGUGUGGUUCUAGCCAUCAGCCACGAAAGAGUGCUGACAGCUUAUUGUUACACGGACCACCCCGGAGACACCAGCGGCUCUAUCACUUAUUACAUGUCUCAUAUUGAGGAGUGA